AUGCUCCUCCGCCUUGCCUCCCCCACCUAUCUUCAUCACUCCCAGUCAAUUCUCGCGCUAUCUGGACUGGGCUUCGCGGAGGCUGGAAUCACAAUGGAGACAAUAUCUCGGAUAUCCUCGAUGCUGGAAACAGCUCGAGAGCUCACCCUGGAGGCCGCCCAGUCCGCUGCGAGCACCCGAAGCUCUAUUGCGGACUAUUCUUCGCGGUCUUACAGUGUCGCUAGUAUCAAGAAGCUGCUGGACAGUCGUCAUGAGCGAGAGGUUCUUGACGGAAUGCGGCGGGUGAUCUCGUUGAUGUACCGCUCCGAGCCAUCCAUGACUUUCUUCUCGGCCGUUGUCAAGAAUGCGGCCAGCGCCAACCUCGAAGUCAAGAAACUAGUCUACAUUUACCUUGUUCAUCAUGCGGAGGCCGAACCAGAUCUGGCCUUGCUAUCCAUCAAUGCGAUCCAAAAGUCCCUCACAGAUUCGAACCCACAAGUGCGGACAAUGGCGUUGCGUACCAUGUCUGGUAUUCGCGUGCCAGUUAUCAGCCAAAUCGUGUCACUAGCCAUCAAGCGUGGAUGCGGUGAUAUGAGCCCCCAUGUGCGGAAAGCGGCGGCUCUGGCUAUUCCGAAAUGUUAUCGUCUGGACCCGAACACGUUGCCGCAAUUGACUGGGUAUAUCUCGACUCUUCUCGGUGACUCGCAAUACUUCGUUGUUGGUCCGGCUGUUGCUGCAUUCUUGGAGGUUUGCCCUGAUGAAAUUGGCCUUAUUCACAAGCACUACCGCAGCUUGGUCAAAAAGCUAGUGGAUAUGGAUGAAUGGAGUCAGCUUUCGACGCUACGACUUCUCACGGCGGCUUCAAAGCCAUUCUACGAUGACGAAAAGCAGGAUCCGGAUUCUCAGGAUAACGGUGAAGAACACGAAAUUUUUGUGCUGGAUCCGGAUCUGGAACUGUUGCUCCUAGCAUGUAAAUUGUUAUUGCAGAACCGCAAUUCGGCCGUCAUUGUCAGUGUCGUUCGUUGCUUCCUUUAUUUGGCACCACCAGGGUACCUCGCUUCGGCAGUAGGCCCUCUGGUGGCUUUGCUCCGAAGCCCUCAAGAUAUGCAGCUCAUUGCUCUAUACAACAUUGUUGUUGUAGCUUUGAAGGACCCGAAACCAUUCACAAAAUACGUCGCUCGCUUCCUGGUCCAUGCCAACGACCCACCGCAUAUCUGGCGUUUGAAGCUGGAGGUGUUGACAAUUGUCUUCCCUUAUUGCGGAAAACACUGGAAAGGUGUGAUCAUCAGCGAGCUGGAGCAUUUCUCCAAGGGGCCCGAUCCUGAAUUGGUCCGAGAAAGCGUGCGUGCCAUUGGGCGCUGCGCACAGGCGGACGCCAGUACUGCCGAUAUGUGCUUACGAAUUCUGCUGGGUCAAAUUUCCAGUCUGGACGGCAAUCUUGUAUCUGAGUCACUGACGGUCAUCCGCCAUUUGAUCCAGCAGGAUCCGUCUUCGCAUAAGCAAACCGUCAUACAACUAGUUACCCACCUUGGCACGACAACGAACCCGGACGCAAGGGCUACCAUCAUCUGCUUUGCCGAUGAAACUGAGGUUGUUAAGCAACAAAUCGUCCUGCUUGGUGCUAAGGUCUACCUUCAUCAUCUACUACAAAAGUCACCGGAACAGCCGAAAGAUGAACCCCCAACAUCACCUGAACGCGCUGCCGCCCUUGCAAAGGAAAUUCGCAACGAAUGGACCGAGGACCGGACUGAUGAGCAAAUAGAAGCCAGCCAAACUACAGAAGACCGACGCCCUGAGGACGAUGGAUUCCAGUCAAAAGGGGAGGAAGAAAAAGAAGACCGAAUCACCCUGCUUUGGCGUUACAUCCUUCUUCUCGCGCGUUACGAUAGUUCAUACGAUCUUCGCGACCGCGCCCGGCUAUACAAAGCUCUACUUGCUAGUCCUGCAUCCACUCAACUCGCCAACCUGCUACUACUAGCACCAAAGCCAGUCCCUCACGCCCCGAGCCCCUCCGAAACUCGGAAAGACCUCCUCAUCGGAACGUCAACUCUUGUCGUUGGCCCCGAAGCAGGCUACCACGGCCUUCGCGGCUACGCCGAUAUACCCGAUUGGGUCGAGCUGGGCCAAGAGCCAAGCCCAAAUCUGCGCACCGAGGACGUCAAGCCUGAAUCUACUUCCCUCCAGACUUCAAUGACCGCCGGCGAGCGCUUAGACCGAGCGCUUCGCGAGCAUCAGACUUCUGUCCCGCCACGUAGGCAUAACGGUGCACCGAAUGCAGGGUCAGCUAAUCAGAAAUCUCUUGAUCAAUGGCUUGAUGAGGAAGAGGAGACGGAGUCUGAAACUGAAUCGGAGGGUGAAUCUGACUCCGAUGAGUACGAGACUGACUCAGAAGAGGAAGAAUCUGGUGAGGACGAUGACGAGGAUGACGAGGAUUACGAGGAGGACGAUGAGGAUGAUGACGGGGAAGCUGAAUCUGAAUCUGAUUCUGAGAGCAAUGUCCAUGGAGAGGCUCGGCAAUUGCUUGCUUAG